UUAGAUGGAAAGACAAAGGUGACUCUUCCUACCCUCAUAGAAUGUGAUGAGAUACCAGACGACAGGUCAGAGAUCCCCACACCUGAAGUUGCUCGUCAUCACCCCCAUCUGGUGCGAAUAGCAGACCAGAUACCAGCACUAGAUCCAGAUGCUGCAAUCAUCCUUCUACUUGGGAGAGAUAUCCUCAAAGUGCACAAAGUCAGAGAACAGUACAAUGGGCCACACAAUGCACCAUUUGCACAACGCCUUGAUCUCGGAUGGGUCAUCGUUGGAGAAGUGUGUCUAGACGGACUCCACAAACCAGAAAAGGUAAAUGUCUACAGAACACAUCUGUUACAGAAUGGUCGUACAUCUUGUCUUUGCCCAUGUACCAACAGUCUACACAUUAAAGAGAGACUUGUAAACCCAACACAUCAUCGGAGUAUCCAGAGGUGCAUGGAAGACUUAGCCUCAACUGGAGAUACAGAUGAACUGGGCGGUAAGGUGUUUGAAAGAACACGAGAUGACGACAAGCUAGCACCCUCUGUGGAAGAUACUCUCUUCCUUGAGAUCAUGGACAGAGAAGUCUUUAGAGACAAAUCAGGCAGCUGGGUAGCCCCUCUACCCUUCCGGUCACCACGCCAUCGCCUUCCUGACAACAAGGUACAAGCAGAGAAACGCUUCACCUCGUUGCAGCACAUGCUACAAAGAAAGCCAAAUAUGAAGAAACACUUCCAAGCCUUCAUGCAGAAGAUCUUUGAUAACGAUCAAGCUGAAAGGGCACCACCACUACAAGAGAACCAAGAACACUGGUACUUACCAAUAUUUGGGGUGUACCAUCCUCAGAAACCAGGCCAGAUACGCGUAGUAUUUGACUCUAGUGCGAAGCACAAAGGCAUCUCACUAAAUGAUGUCCUUCUCAGCGGACCUGACCUGAACAAUACACUCCUUGGAGUACUCAUCAGGUUCAGAAAAGAACUCAUAGCAGUGACAGCAGACGUACAACAGAUGUUCUACUGUUUCCUUGUUCGUGAAGAUCACAGAGACUACUUAAGGUUCCUGUGGUAUACAGACAACGACUUUAACAAAGAAAUCACAGAGUACAGGAUGAAGGUACAUGUGUUUGGAAACAGCCCUUCUCCAGCUGUAGCUAUCUACAACCUGAGACGAGCAGCACAGCAAGGUGAAAGACAUGGUCAAGAAGCCACACAGUUCGUCAUGAAGAACUUCUACGUAGAUGAUGGACUUGCUUCUUUCUCCAACAACGAAGAAGCUAUCAACGUCCUGAAAAGUACAAGAGAAAUGUUGGCAGAAUCCAACAUAAGACUGAACAAGGUAGCUUCCAACAGCAACAGAGUCAUGGAAGCAUUUCCAAUGGAAGACCGUGCUAAAGACCUCAAAGACUUGGAUCUAGGAACAGAAUCACCACCCUUGCAAAGAAGUCUUGGGAUUAGUUGGGACCUGAAGACUGACAGUUUCACCUUCAGGGUCUCCAGAGAAGAGAAGCCAUUCACAAAAAGAGGUGUCCUAUCUACAGUCAACAGUCUUUACGACCCCCUGGGGUUCGUAGCACCCAUCAUCAUGCAAGGCAAAGCUCUUUUGAGACAGAUCACUACUGAGCAAGAACAAAGUGACUGGGACAUACCUCUACCUGAAGAGAAGGAAAUGCAGUGGAAGUUGUGGAAAGACUCAUUGUUAGAGCUUGAACAACUCAACAUCCCUAGACCAUACGUAUCUGUUUCCUUGUCUGCUACAAAGAGAAGAGAAAUAUGCAUAUUCUCUGACGCCUCCACUAUGGCUAUCGCAUCUGUCGCCUACCUUAGGGUAAUAGACACUGAGGGACAAAGCUAUGUCGGGUUCCUCAUGGGAAAAUCUAAGCUGGCUCCCAGACCGGCUCACACUGUCCCACGUCUAGAACUUUGUGCUGCUGUCUUAGCUGUGGAAAUGGCAGACAUGAUUACAACAGAACUGGACAUCGAGAUCCAUGCAAUUAACUUUUAUACAGACAGCAAGAUUGUGUUAGGAUAUAUUCACAAUGCUUCAAGAAGAUUUUAUACAUACGUGGCCAACAGAGUGACACGUAUCAGAAAGUCUACAAGUCCAGAACAGUGGCAUUACAUCAGCACUGACAAGAACCCCGCUGAUCAUGGGACAAGACUAGUGCCAGCCGCUGCGCUCAAGCAAACUAACUGGUUUGUAGGUCCAUCCUUUCUUCGUAAACCAGAAACCAAAGAAAAUACUCAGGUAGAGACCUUUCAGCUCAUAGAACCAGAUCAAGACAAAGAGGUAAGACCUCAAGUGACAGUUUGUAGGACUAUAGUUACAAGAGACAGUCUGGGCGCUCAUAGAUUUGAAAGGUUUUCCAGCUGGAAGUCGCUGACCCGUGCAAUCGGAAAACUUAUCUGUCUAGCCAGAUCCUCCUGCAGAGCUACCAAUACUGAUCAGCAUAGCAAUGACCACCUUGAACAAGCCAAGGUCACGAUCAUCAGAUGCAUCCAGCAGGAAGUCUUUAAAGAAGAAAUCCAAAGCCUUAUGAAAAAGGAAGAGAUUUCUCGACACAAUACGCUAAAGAAGUUGAACCCUAUCCUCGACGAAGAUGGAGUGUUAAGAAUUGGAGGUCGCUUGUCGGCAGCAGAUACAACUAUCCAAGAGAGACAUCCCUUCAUCAUACCCAAAAAUCAUCACAUCGCUCUUCUUCUGGUGAGACAUUAUCACGAGCAAGUCGCACAUCAAGGUCGACACUUCACUGAAGGAGCGGUACGGUCAGCAGGGUUGUGGAUCAUAGGAGGUAAGAGACUAGUCUCCAGUGUGAUCAGCAAAUGCGUGACCUGCAAGAAGAUUAGAGGGAAACUUGAAGUUCAGAAGAUGUCAAACUUACCUGCGGACAGACUUUCUUCAGAUCCUCCAUUCACUCACGUAGGUCUAGACGUUUUUGGCCCUUGGAACAUCUCUUCUCGCAAGACCAGAGGAGGCAGUGCCGAGAGUAAACGUUGGGCUGUUCUGUUCUCCUGCCUGAGUACCAGAGCAGUUCACAUUGAAGUGAUUGAAUCUUUAUCCACUUCAAGUUUCAUCAAUGCCUUGAGAAGAUUCUUCUCUAUCCGAGGACCAGCAAAAUUGAUUCGUUCAGACCGUGGCACAAACUUUAUUGGGGCUUGCAAAGAGUUGAAGAUCAUUUCUACAGACUCUGAAACAGGUUCCUAUCUUCAAAACCAAGGAUGCACUUGGACUUUUAAUCCUCCUCACGCAUCGCAUAUGGGAGGAGCCUGGGAGAGGAUGAUAGGAGUAGCUCGUCGCAUUCUGGAUGCCAUGCUCCUGAAGGUUGGGUCUACUCGCCUCACACAUGAAGCUUUGACUACGCUAAUGGCUGAAGUCAUGGCCAUUAUGAACGCCAGACCUUUGGUUCCAGUGUCCACAGAUCCGGAGAUGCCGGCAGUCUUGACACCUGCAAUGCUGUUGACUCAGAAGAUGGAACCAGUGACAGCCCCCACAGGAGACUUUGACCUCAAGGACUUGUACACCAAGCAAUGGAAACAAGUUCAAAGUCUUGCGGACAUUUUCUGGAAGAGAUGGAGACAGGAAUACCUGGUGACACUCCAGCCACGCAAGAAAUGGCAAGAUGACAAGCCCAAUUUACAAGUUGGAGACGUUGUUUUACUGAAAGACUCUCAGGCCCACAGGAACGAGUGGCCUAUUGGACUCAUUGUGGGGACUGAUCCUAGUAGUGAUGCUAGAGUUAGAAAGGUUGAAGUUAGGAUUGUUAGACAGGGCAUUCCCAAAGUGUAUGCAAGGCCAAUUUCUGAAGUAGUUUUACUCCUGUCCAAGGGUUAGUGGCAUAACAAAAAGUAUGCCAGGUGGGGAGUGUGCUGCCUUCGCAAUGUAUUUUACAUGCUUGGCACUCAGCAGGGUCUGUUCCUUUAAGACCCUCCAUUUUCUUGAAGCCUAGAGGCGGGCCUUCUCUCUAAAGCAUAGGACUAGCUCCGGCAUGUCUCAUUCAUUCCAGCUCCAGCCACCACAGUGACCAGAUCCACAGGACUUCUUAAAGCUAAUACAGACUGCAAAUCUGAUAAAUACCAAAGCCUUUUUACCGCGCACUUUCAUUAUAUCUCAGUAAAGAUUACAUCAGUUAAGCAAACCAGCGUGUCUUUCCUUGAGAUUCGGUAUAAACUUGAUGUGAAGCUGUGUCCACGAGACAGCGGAGACAUUAUAAGUGUAGU